GAACCCUCACUGACGCCGCCGCCGCCGCCACUGACGCCGCGAAGUACGCGUCGGCUCGAUGUCCCGGCACCACCGCGUAGUCGCACCACCGUAGUCAUAUGGCUACACGACGACGACCACGGUGGCCACCGGCUGCCGCGAUAAUCAUCGCCGCCGUUGUCAUUGCGGUCGUACCGCAUCUGGCCGCCGCCCAAAAUGCCGUCAAAGACAAAUCAGAGUUACAACGAGCUAUUGACUGGCUUACUUUACAACGAAGCAAAGACUGGGGAUGGGGAACCGGGACGGACACCGCUCAGGCCAUCGUGGCCAUGGAGAUGACGAAAACCGGGGAACGUCUGGAACGAGAACUGAGCGCCAAACAACUAGAAAUAGAGCUUUUGGCCAGACUUUGGCAACACCACGACCCAGAUUCAGUUACCCUUCAACAACAAGACGAUGAAGACGAAGCGUUGACCGUAGCCAACAUCGCGACAUACUCAAUGGCGUUGGCUAGUGCUUGUCACGAUCCAAGACAAUUCCACGGACACGAUUUGAUUGGUUCGUUGCUACAACAUGAAACUAUAUCCGAUUUGGAUUUCUCGUAUAGCUCUUUGGUGGCGUGUGAAUCGGGUACACAUGUCAGAAAAAGACAUAUUAGAAGACUAAUGGAGAUAGCUAACACAAAGCAUACAGUGGAUUCAUUGAGUGUGGCUAUAUUAGCCCUUCAGUGUGUAGAACAUGAUCAUCGCAAUCGGAACGUAAAACCGUUACUCAAAAAACCAUUAGCGACAUUGAUAGCACUACAACAGCCAGACGGAGGAUUCGGUAGUCUUCACACAACUGCACUUGCAAUCAGAGCAUUACAGGAAGGCAAAGCCACGUGGAACCGGACAAACGCAGUCGACUGGCUGUUGAACCAUCAAGGACCCGACGGAGCUUUCUUCGACAUUGCAACAACAGCUGAAGUGAUAAUCGCCUUGGCGCGUGUGUCGGGCGUCGCCGAAGGGAUAGCGGACCACUGUGAGGUCCGGCCGGGAGCUGAUAAAGACAACGUCGGUACCGCGGUUAUCAUACCACACCCGUCGGCCGUCGACACCAAACGUCCGGUGUCCGUCAACGUGAGCGAACCCAUUGCCACCGACGAGUACCAUCUGCCACAGAUUGCGGACAGCAGCACUAACGUGACGGUCAGCUAUUCGCUGUGGAUCGGUAGCAACAUCACGGAAAAACGAUCUAUCAACAUCACGGCCGACCAUAACGUCACGUUUUACGAGAUCAUGCAAAGAGCGUCUGAUCUGGACAGCGCUUUCACGUUUUCAGCUACGGAAUGGCCAAACGGUCAUUACGUGCACACCUUAUCGGGACUUAAAGAGGAACCAAUGAGUUAUCAUUUUUGGCUGUUGUACAAACUGAGAUCAUGUCCUGACCCGCAAAAUCCUCCGAGCAAUCAACUAGUAGCUCCGACCGGUGUUGACGAUUUAAUCGUGCAAAAUGGCGAACACUACUUAUUUUGGUAUAAGAAGCUCUAAAUUUUAAAGGAUGACAAAUUGGAUUUCAGAUGUUAAUAUACAACGUUUAAAAUAUUAUGGUCGACAAUAAUUAACAAAAAUAAUAAUUUAAAAAAAUAUAAAUAUCUUUUUUUUCUAGGAAUUAAGUGAUAUUCAUUUUAGACUUGUUGAAAACUAUGUGUCAAAAGUUAUUUUUUCUCUGUACUUACGCUUAUAAAAUUAACAACUUUUUUUCCGCAAACUUCUUUAAUCUUAUAAUUGUUUACCUACUCACCACAUGUUUAUACGCUUCUUAUAUACGAUUUUUAGAUUGAUAUAAUUAAUUGUAUUUUGCCAAAUGUGGCUUAAGUACAUUAUUAUAAUUUAUAAUAUACGUUAUAUAAUAUAUAUAACGUUAUAUAUAUAUUUAUAUAUACACUGUACUAACCAUAUAAAUAUAAUGCCUUAGUUGUUAUAUCGUCACUUAAUAUUUAAAAUUUAAAUGCAAUACUGUACAAGCAUAAUAUUAUAAUGCAUAACUUAUUGUGUUAAUAACCGAAAACUUCGAAAGGCUGUGGAAAACAUUAUCUUUCAAGAUCCUCUCUUACUUAUUAUAAAUAAUUUUUCAAUAUUUAAGAUAAAAUAAUAUUUAUAGUUAUAUUCAAUACACAAUCAAUUGCUUUUA